UCAGAUAAGAGGUUCACGCGGACACAUUCCUCUGCAGUUUACUACUGAAGCUACAUUUUGAAUGAUGGAUUGUUCAGAGGAGGUUCAACCUGUGUCUGAGGAGCCCAGAGCUCAAAUGGAGCUCAAGAAAGGAAUGUCGAUUUUCAUUGAUAUUUUACGGAGAGCUGAUAAAAACGAUGAUGGAAAGCUGUCCUUUGAUGAGUUCAAGGCCUACUUCUCUGAUGGCGUCCUGACAGCCGAGGAACUGAAGGAGCUCUUCCACACUAUCGACACUCACAACACAGAUAAUGUGGACACUGAUGAACUCUGUGAGUAUUUCUCCCAGCACCUCGGUGAAUAUGAGAAUGUUCUCGGUGCCUUAGAAGACCUGAACAUGUCCAUACUGAAGGCGAUGGACAAAACAAAGAAGGAUUAUCAGGAGUCCACCCAUCUGGAGCAGUUUGUGACCCGCUUCCUGCUGAAGGAGACAACCAAUCAGCUUCAUUCACUUCAAAGCUCUCUUGAGUGCGCCAUGGAAACCACAGCCGAGCAGACUCGCCAGGAGAAACAGGGCCCACUGAAGCCAGAGGUUUUGUCCAUCCAGUGGUCGGGUCGUCGCUCCAAUCGGAGGCUCCAGAGGAACAGCAGCCUCUCUCCCAACAACCCUCUCCUCAGUCUCGUCAGUUCAGGUGUUUAUGAUGAAGACAGCCAGUGGAUGAUCCAGGUCAACAGACUGCAGAGUCUCAUCGACCGUCUAGAAAAAAAGGAGAUUCGUCUGGAGCCCGUUGAAGAGGAGGUCCUGGAGAGCAAAUCGCACAUCCUGAUAGUCCAGAGGCAGCUCUCGGUGCUGGAGGAGGAGCUGGAUGAGUUUCGUCUGGCUCUUAGACAGUACAUGGAGUGUGCCUGCGCCCAGACUGGAUGUCUACACAUUGCAGUUCAGCGGCUGGCAAAUGAAUCACGCUUCAUUCUCUAUGAAUUCUGGGAGCACAACAACGUGUGGAAGAAUCACCUGCAGACCAACUACAGUAAGACCUUCCAGAGGGGGAACGUCGACUUCCUGGAAACUCCUGAGAGCCUAACCACCAUGCUGGUUCCUGCUUCGUGGUGGGUCCUCAACAACAAUUGAAAGUGAAAGAUCCUCACUGAUGGGUGCGAAGAGCCACCUGUCAACACAUCAGGACGUCCACAGCACCACACACAUACACACACAGAGACACACACACUUACUCGACACAACUCGUGAAGUCAUGGUGAUUAGUAUUUAUGACCUCCAUGUUCCUCCAUAGUUAUAGGUGAUAGUCGGAAAUAGUCCACAUGUGUGUGUUUGUUUACACUCCUAGACAACACUCUGACAUCCUAAAAGCAAUGACCUGACAUCGUCACUGUGUUUGACGUGACAUCAUCUGCAGCCCAGGGUAGAUCAUUAGAGCUGAAGCGAGCUGUGUGUGUGUGUGUGUGUGUGUGUGUGUUUGUCUUUGUGUGUGAGUGUGUGUGUGAGAGGGAAAAGAGAGAGGAAAGGACAGAUAUAAUUGUAUCAAUUGUAGCAGCUCUGGGGAGCUCAUUAAAACAUUAUUCUGUUGUUUAUGUAUUCAGUGUGUCAAAUAAGAUAAACAUCUGUUGGUUAUAAAUAAAGACGAUAUAUUGUUGUGUA